AUGGCCGCGGACAGCUGCCAGAUCCUGCGUAGUGUGUCCGAGGUCCGGGAAUGGACGCGAAAACACCACAGCGAGGGCAAGACGGUUGGCUUCGUGCCCACAAUGGGGGGCAUCCACCAGGGCCACCUGUCCCUGGUGACGGAGCUCCAGAAGCGCAAGAUCGACACCGUCAUCGCCUCGAUAUACGUCAACCCCACGCAGUUCAACCAGUCGGAGGACUUUGACACCUACCAGCGCACCCUGGACGCGGACGUGGCGGCGCUGGCGUCGGUCGGGUGCGCCGCGGUGUUCUGCCCCGAGCGCCUGUACAGCUCGGGGGACGGGGACGGCGCCGCGGACGGCGCCGCGGACGACGCGGCGAACGUCGCGGGCGCCGACGGCGAGCACCGCACCCCACCAGGCGGCCAUGAGACGUGGGUGACGGUGACGCGGCUGGGGUCGGGACUGUGCGCGCGGUCGCGGCCGCAGUUCUUCCGGGGCGUCGCGACGGUCGUCCUCAAGCUCAUCAACAUCGUGCAGCCCGACGUCAUCGCCCUGGGCCAGAAGGACUUCCAGCAGCUCCGCGUGGUCCAGCGGAUGGUCCGGGACCUCGACGUGCCCGUGGAAGUGUACCCGUGCCCGACGGUGCGGGAGGCGGACGGGCUCGCCAUGUCGUCGCGCAACGCCAAGCUCACCCCGGACGUGCGGCAGCAGGCCCUCACUAUUUACAAGCAGCUGGCCUGGGCCAUGGGCGCCGUGAACAGCGGGGAGGUGACGGACGCGGAGAUGAUCCGCACCACGAUUCGGGAAGCCAUCACGGCUGCUGGGGGUGUCGUGGACUACGUCGAGGUGGUGUCCCCCGGGGACCUGGAGCCGGUGAGCGAGGUGGGCAAGGUGCUGACGGUGGUGCUGGUGGCGGCCACCUUCGGGGGCGUGCGCCUGAUCGACAACCAGAUGCUGCUACCGCGCGAGGAGGGUGCCGCGCCGGCCGUGGGCGAGGCCGAGGAGGGCCAGGACGCGUGGUGCUCGCUGAUGUGA